AUAAUUAGUUUUUAUCAGAUUUGUUAGUGCUGUGUAGGAAAAAUAUGGCUCUAAAGGGUAAGAUGGAGACUGAAAUAGAAAUAAAGGCAGCCGCUGAUAAGUACUACAGCAUCUUCAAGACAUCUGCCCACCAGGUUCCCACAGCCACCCCAGACAUUAUUCAGGGAGUUAAGGUGCAUGAAGGUGAUUGGAAGACACAUGGCUCUAUCAAGGUCUGGAAUUAUACUGUUGAGGGGAAUGCUGAGGUUUUCAAGGAAAAGGUUGAAUUAGAUGAUGCAAACAGGGCAGCAACUCUUGUGGGAAUUGAAGGGGAUCCCAUGAAGUACUACAAGAUCUUUAAGGCCACAUAUCAGGCUAUUCCAAAGGGUAAUGGCAGCUUGGCCAAGUUGACCAUUGUAUAUGAGAAACUGAGAGAGGAUAUGCCUCCCCCAAUUAAGUACCUCAAUAUGAUGGUUAGCCUCACUAAAGACAUUGAUGCCCACCUUGCAAAGGCAUAGUCAUAAUAAGGCCGUAUCUGCAUGCAUGCAUGCUUUGGUUCGCAACUUCUAUGCUAUAUAAAAAGCAUAUAUAUAGAAACCAGAGCAGUUCAUGUAUCUAUGCAUGCGUGCAAGGUUUGUGUAAGGAAUUAUUACUUGGGAGUCGUCUUCUCUAAUGAAGCCCUUUGUCGUGUUUUAAUUGUGAUGAAGAGUAGUACUACUGGUGGUGGUCUCUACUUUUUAGGUCUUGGAAUAAGACUCUGUACGCAAUCCGUUUUAUGUGGUGUGUGAAAAAAAAAAUAUAUCGAAUAAAAAUCUUUUGGUUUUGUGUUUUAA